AGUCCCAUCUAUAUACCGCGGGGCCUCUCUACGACUCUGAAAUGGUAGAAGGGAGAAGGAUGUUCCCAGAUAGUGCCAUGCGAGGCAGCCAGCUCAUCGGUCGGUCCAGAAGUUAUAGACGGCAAGGGGGGAAAGGACCAGGUAUAGGGCAAGGUCUGGCAUAAAACUCCAUCCACCAUUGUUCUUGUGUCUCAGAGACGCUAGAUAACUGACCCUUCCGGUAACCUUCAGAGUCGCGCCUAGUUAGAUCGUGUAUUCCAGUUGAAAGCCAAGGUGGUCGUCUAGACUUGAAAACACUCCGGCCCCAUUAUGACCACGGUUUGCUGAUUUGGAUCGACAGUGGCUCAGAGAAGCGUCUCCAUGACAAUGAUGUUAAUCGCCUGUACUGAUAAGCGGCUGAGGCCAGUGUCGACUGAUUAUGAGGCUGAGCUUGCCAGAGUUGCGCAAUCAAACGCCUGCGACAGAACAUAAGCUAGUCAGAAGCUAAGACACAGACAAGCUUUGAGCGCGAGUAAUCCUCCUUUCAUUGGGCCUUGAAGACCCAGAAUCGUCAUAGUUGGCGGGGGUCGAGGAGGCUCAGGAGUCAGACUGUGUUUGAACUCUGGGUCGUGGAAGACUCCAAGAAUCCAAGAGUUGGGCGAGCAGCGCCCUUCACAGCCCCAACAACUCAGCUCAGGCAACAUCAUUUCAACCCCAUCAUCUCUCCCUCUACAUCAACUCCAUCCAUCACAACUUUCCUCUCAAAAUCUGUUUGAUGUAGUACAGGUUGAACUUUAUUUUCAUUACUUUAAUCGGAUCAUUCCCAUCAGCCUUCCAUGGUCCAUAGAGGAAAGCUCUCAGCUGCCUGUAAGCCUUGUCGCAGUCGCCGUCUCAAAUGCGAUCAACAGAAGCCGUCAUGCUCGCAGUGCAUUCGAGGCAGGCGGGAUUGUGGCGGUUAUCGAGAUGUCGGUGCGAUGAGAGUCCACGACCAGACUGAGGAAGUGAAGAGGAAGAACUCGCCUUCGUCUCACUCACCCUCGGCUCCUCAACCACAGAAGCGGCCGAUGCACCAGUCAAAUGCACUCGUGAUGCAGCAGGUCUCAGUCCCUACGGCCAAUCAAGGCACAGCGUUCAUGCUGGCACGCUGGGUGGCCCAGGAUGGUCUCGAUGGGGUACGAGGCCCGGUCGGUACCUUCAUACCCCACGUUAUAAACACCACGGCCGGACGUGCGGUGAUGGCCUCUCUGAAUGCCACGGGCCUUGCGGCCCUAUCUAAUAUCCACAUGUCUCAAGAACUCAUGCUUUCCGCACGUCAGGAGUAUGUUACAGCUCUGGCGGAGACGAACGCGGCUUUGAAUGACCAGAUGCAGUCUACAUCUGACUCAACACUCAUAGCUGUGGCUUUUCUGGGUCUGUAUGAGUUAUUGACAUGCAAUGGUCCUCCUCUCAUGGACCGCUACCUCAACCACGCUGAAGGGUGUAACAAACUCAUCGAAUUGCGAGGAUCCAAUCAACUCAAAGACAGUGUUGGGUUAGGGCUAUUUGCCCAGUUUCGAAUGACCAUAGUCCUCAGUAAUUUCUGGCUGAAAAGACGUACACCUUCCUUCCUGCUUGAAUUGACGAGGGAGAGCUUCGCUUACCGUGGAGGAAACCCACGCAUGGAUGAUGAGCUUUUUUUCCUCGUCGCGAAAGUGGGUGACCUAUGUGCUGAACUCCGCAAUGGCGCCCUCAUACAACCAGUAAAAAUCGUGAGAGAAGCAUUAAAGCUCGACGCAGAGCUCAGCUCUUGGGCCUUGGGUGUCGAACCCCACCGUCGCUAUACCGUCGUCAACGUUCCCGAAACUGCAAACGCAGUUACUCGUUAUGGCUCCUUCCGCCACAUCUAUGGGAAUAAAUAUCAUGUCUAUCCCGAUCCAGUCGUUAGCUCUUGGUGGUCUGACUAUCGAUUCGCCCGUCUUAUUCUUCUAGAGCUCUUAUGCUGGCUCUGCGACCACCUCGCGCGCAAGGACGAAGCAACGGGCGCCGAAUACCGACAGACAUAUGAGCGCUGUGCUGCUCUCUCACGACAGGUGGCUGAAGACGUAUGUGCUAGCGUGCCAUAUCAAUUUGGGGCGACAAAGGAGUCUGCAAUAGAGGAUCUGACGAGUCCCCGGACCGGCGGUGUGAUCCAUUUGAUAUGGCCGCUAUUCAUUGCCGCUGACGGUACUGGGGUAUCGCCAGCGAUGACGGAGUGGAUCACCCAGUGUCUGUUCAAGAUUGGACAUAGUGUUGGGAUUCAACAGGCACUGGUGAUGUCGAGUCUUUUGCUCUCAGGGCAGCAUUUAACCUGGCUUCCUGACCUUUGAAAGUCGAUGUUUCUCAUUACCAGAUACUCUACAUAUAUAUAUACUAUUCCAAGACCCGGUCUAGUUGAUGGGGGUUAUAUAUUGAUUAUAUACAUGUUUGGAUACAGCCAGUUCGGCGUGCUAGUCCUGCCACAACUCUCAAUUUUACACACAAGUUUGAUUUUCGUCUGAUAUAAAAAGCCAACAAAUAAACCUGAUAUUCAUACAGAAUAUAAGUAGCCACUCUUGUGCUUAUGC